AUGGAAGCUAAAAUUGAUGCAUUAGAAUUCAAUAAAACCUGGGUUAUCACUGACCUGUCCCAUGGUAAAACUCCAAUUGACUACAAGUAUGUCUACAAAACCAAGUACAACCCCAAUGUAAGAACCAUCCUUGCCUUAGUUGCUGUUAAAGGUUGGCACCUCCACCAAUUUGAUGUCAACAAUGAUUUUCUCAAUGGAGAACUCCAAGAAGAGAUUUAUAUGACAAGAUCUUCCGGCUAUCAAAAGGGUAACCUUGGACAAUUUGGCUCCACGCAAUCAAAUGCUGAUUAUAGCCUCUUUACUUGUCUCAAUGGUUCAAAUUUCACAGCUUUGCUUGUUUAUGUAAAUGACAUAGUGGUUGCAAGCAACUCACUUGAUUCUAUUUCUUCCUUAAAAACCUUCUUGAAUCAUCAUUUCAAAAUUAAAGACCUCGGUCAAUUGAGAUACUUUCUAAGCAUCGAAGUUGCCAAGUCCCCUACUGGCAUCCACAUAUGCCAAAGAAAGUAUACACUUGAUAUACUUGCUGAUGCAGGUCACUUAGCUUCUAAGCCCUACAAAAUUCCCAUGGAUCAAAAUCAUCGAGUAAGCAAAACCACUGGUUCCCCCUUAUCUGACCCAACCCCAUACAGACAACUCAUUGGCAGGCUUCUCUAUCUUACUUUAACCAGACCAAACAUCAAUUAUCUUACUCAAGUUCUCAACCAAUUCAUGGAUGCACCUACCAAUGUUCACCUUGCAGUAGCUCAUAAAAUUCUAAGGUACCUUAAAACUGCUCCUGGCCAAGGUAUUUUUCUGUUUUCUACUUCAUUCAUUCAUUUAAAAGGGUAUUGUGACUCAGACUGGGCAUCAUGCCCUGACACUAGAAAAUCUGUUACUGAUUACUAUGCUUUCAUGGGCAAUUCUCUCAUUUCAUGGUGCUCAAAGAAACAAACCAUGGUCUCAAGAUCCUUUGCUAAAGCAGAGUAUCGUGCUAUGACUUCCCUAUGCACUGAAUUCACUUAG